CUUUUGCUUUUUACUUGUUUAUGAACAUUUUGCUUUCAAACAUGAAAUGUUGAUUUUGACAUUAAUUUGAAUUUAAUCAUAAACAUAUCAUAAAAGAGAUAACAAAGUAUGUCAAAGUUUUAAUACUGAGUAUGUACUUUUUUUAAACUUUCGUCUUAAAUUGAGUAAUCCUUGAAUAAUAGUGCGUCAGUUUAACAUAAAGCGUUUCGAACGUUCGGAAGAGGAAUAUAUAUUUUACACAUAUAACUAGUUACUACCACAUUUUAUAUUUUCACUUUAGAGACAUGUACAAGUAACGUUGAUUGUAAACAAAUAUGAAGUGGAAUAAAGUGCACGUUUUGUUUUGCUGCAUGAUGCUAUCAUCAAAAGUUUUAACAGAUGCAUAUGGAUUCAGCGUGCAAGGAGGAAAGAAGAGCAAAGAACCAAAUAAAACAUUACGAAAUGAACCAUUUGUAAAACAGCAUAACGUUGUUGAUCAUACCAACAAGACAAUUACAGAUACUCGUAAAUCUGAGCAUCAGAAAGGACAAAUGGCAUCUGUUUCGAAUGGCAUGACGGAAACGAUAAAAAACGAUGAAAAACUCAAACUUGAGAUAAAUGAAUUAAAUAAAAUGCACAAACAGUUGAUGAAAGAAAGGACCAUGGAACCAAACAAUGCUAAGAAAUUACAACUGCAACAUGAAAUAGAAAAACAGAUAAGGGUCCGUAAACUGCAACUAGCUAAAAGAAAAGGCAAUAGUGAGCACAUUAAACCGACUUCGUCUCGGGCACUAAAGCCAUUGUACAAUUCAUCACUUAACUUUGCAGCCAUUUCUUCAAGUACACUACAAAACCAGAGAGUGACAAGGCCUGAAAAUAAAAAAGAACUCCAAAGCUUGAGUGGAAAUCAAAACAAAUUAUAUAAAGAUUCUAAUCCAAACUCUAGUACACAACUUCAAUCACCUGUGCAAAAUAAUGUAAUGACACGAGGGUUUCAACUGCGAAAUAGUAUCUCCCCAAAACCCCAAUCUGGAAAAUUUCAAAGGAUAAAACAUAUAGUAUAUCCGCAUCAUAUUAUGAAUCAAAAUCCACUCACGAGACUUGACAACAUCAAUGCAGCAACUGUGCAGCAAAUACCUGCAGGACAUAUCCUAGUUCCUGUCAGUGCUCUUUCCUCGGCCGGAAGUUUAAAUGCUCAAGGUAUAUCAGACACAUUUAUGGUUAUGAACUCAUUUCAGCGUACAAACCCGGAGAGAAAAUCUACAAAAAAGACGGCAAAGAAAUUGGCGCCGCCGGAAACCGCAAGUGCGCCUUCUAGUUCGUCCACCCCCGAGAAGCAGACGCCAUUUCCAACAACAACAAAAGCUACAAUACAUGUAACAACUGAAUUUAGUGAUUCAGAAUUAACAACACAUAAUGACCCUGAUACAAUUAAAAGCAGUUUUAUGAAAGGUCAAAUAGAGAAACAAAGGCUAGAAAUAAGAAAAUUAAAGCUCGAAAUCCGUGCACUUGUGAGAGAGGAGAAACAAAACCUACCAGAAGUUGAACACGAAGACGCCGCAAUGCAUACGCAGGGAAAAUAAAGUCAAAGACAUUAGCUUACAGUUGUACCGACAUAUAUGGCUAUUUCAAUACUCUGCUACAGAACAAAUGAAAUAACCUAAACACAUUUAAAGGAUCAAAAAACGGGUAUCAUAAAAUAGUUAUGUGUAGAACUUUUUUUAUUAGAUACUAACAGACUGUAACAAACUACGGACUUGCCUUGUCAUGUCGUAUGGUGUGGUCAAUACUAAGCAACAGCUGGUCUUGUCGCACUAAUUGAGUUUUAAAAUAUAGAUAUUUUUAUGUUUAAAAUGAGGGAUGAUCCAGAAUUACCAAAAUCAGGCCGUAGAUUCAAUAUUUAUGUAAAGUGAAUUGGACUAUAAUGGAAGAACUUCAAUUUAAUGACUUACAUUGCUAGUGUUAAGUAUUUAAUUUAGACAUUACAACAAACCACGAAAGAAUUGUACAUAGCAGUUGUUAGCAAGUACGAGAAACAUGUUCCACUAAAACAUAUAUUUAUAUAGCAGAUAUUAAUGUGUUCCAGAACAAAAUUUUAUUGAUUCAGCUGAUAAAUGGACAUCAUAAAUCACUUAGAACUUGAUCACCAUUUUUUCAAGCAGCAUAAUAUAAGAAUUUUCAAAUGAUACAUUUCUAUUGUUUUGAUCAAUAUUUUAAAUACCUUUUGGAAAUGUGUUUAUUGUAAACCUAUAAAAACGCUGUAUUGAUGUGUAAUACACCCUCCUUAACCUUUUACCUGAUAAAAGCGCGUUAAGACGGCUCUUCAGCCCCCCUUUGAGAGCUCAAAUAGUGAAAGAAAUAGAAAUGCCUUAUGUAGGCCCCAAACACUGUUUUUCGUUUGAGAAAUGUUGUUUAAAAAGUGAUCACUUUUUCGGCGCCGCCCCUAUCAAAAAGGUACAUCAAAGGGUGCCAAAUGGGGAUGUGCCCCUUUCUGUUAUGGUGGUUUGAAGGAUGGCGGCAGACACCCUCACCGCCAAGAAAAGUUGGGACUUGUUAGGGGUGUUUAAAAUGUCCUCAGAUCGAUCAUAAGGUAACAUUUAACUAACGCUGAGAAGCCUUUUACUCGAUCUCAAUCCAUUGAGAAGUUGCAGUACUUUGAAAUCAGUUUUGAUGGAACAAAAACGCAAAAUAGUGAUUAUUGGCAAUUUUUAGACGUCCCCCUAUUGCCAUGGUAACAGGAAAUUUAAGAUUGAGCAUGAAAUUACAAAGGCUAUGGUCCAGUCAACAUUUGUGCCAAGUUUGAUUAGUAUUGACGCAUUUUUAUAGUUUCAUAGCAGUUGAACCUUGUAACAGGAGGAUUUUCAAUGAAAACAGCCAUUUUUCACAAUAUGUUCAUGCGUAAAAGGUUAAAAGAAAAUAAAAACAAAAACAAAAAAAAUUCAAAAGUACAUUAUAAUAAGAAGAUGUAUAUCCAAGCAUUUAGUUUUCAAUUGGACAAAUUAAACCUUUGGCUGAAUGCAAUUCUUCAUUAAGAAUUAAAUGAAAACGAAAGAAAACAGACCGCAUAAAAAGUUUGGCCAGGCCCCACACAAUAUCGCCUUCAUCUAGGGGGCGUGAGGGAUGUUGCACUUUAAAUUAUCCCUCAUGUACAGACUCAAUCAAACUGAGUCUGCAGUUCUCUUAUAAUUUUGUUGUGAUUAAUGCUUCCGAGGGAUCACUUUGUUUCCAGAUUUUCAUCUAUUUCGCCAAAGACCUUUACCAUAUUUAAAAUUGAUCUUAUUGUCUGUUAAACAUCUGUGUCACCCGCAAACAUAGAUUUUUAUAUGAGGUUAGUUUUAUCUUUGGUGAUGGCGUUUUCGACUGAGUAAACGUUGCAACUACAAACUGUUCAAACUUGAUUUCACAGCAACACGGCGUUAGAACGAAGGGAAAUUUUCAGACUUAUAAACAAAUUCCGAGAAAUUCUUGGUCACCCCUCGUACAUGCAGUCAUGCCUUUUUAUACAAUGUUUAAUUGAAAUAGAGAAAUAUAAUAAAAUUACUAAAAUUCUUA